AAUAUUUGUUGGUAAAAAAAAUAAAUUUAGAGGCGAAAAAAAACAAAUAUAUGUGUGUGAAUUGGCUUGUCUGUGCAUAUGCCAUACCCGUGUGCCCAUUUUAAAAUCAAAACCCCAACAGCACCAACCGAUUUAUGUCAAGUGUAGCACUCCACCAACUACAAAAAAACUGCAAAACAAAGCUUCAACAACAACAACAACCCAAACAUACCCACCGCACUGCGCUCAUCAUGUCAAUUACAGCGAACCAAUACAGCGAUUUGCUUGCCUACUUCAGCAAUGAUUCCGCCGCCAAUAAUAUACUCUCACUAGCGCUCACACAACUAAACGAUACACACACAUUGACAGUUGGUAAUUUUUCGAAUUUUUCCAACCUCGCCGGUGAAUCGAACAUGUACGCCACCACAAACGACAGCAGCGACACCAGCCUGCUCCUCUUGGUCACACAGUCGGCCAUGUACGCGAAUGCGUCUGCGAAUGCAAGCGACUACGGCGACAACGACGGCAGUGCGGUGACGAAUCGCAGUGCAUACGUGGUGACGGCGGCGGGACGACCGCGUAUGCCGACUGAGAUGCCAUUCUGGCUAAUACUCUGCUACAGCAUAAUAUUCUUCUGUGCGAUAAUUGGCAAUUUGUUGGUGAUAUCGACGCUAAUACAGAAUCGUCGUAUGCGCACUAUCACUAAUCUCUUUUUGCUGAAUUUGGCAAUAUCCGAUAUAUUGUUGGGGGUCUUCUGUAUGCCGGUGACAUUGGUCGGCACCUUGUUGCGUGAUUUCAUAUUCGGCGAGUCCUUCUGCAAGCUCAUACCGUUUUUGCAGGCGAUUUCCGUGGCUGUCUCCUCGUGGACGCUCGUCGCCAUAUCCUGCGAACGCUAUUAUGCCAUCUGUCAUCCGCUUAGAUCGCGCGCAUGGCAAACGCUCAAUCAUGCCUAUCGCAUUAUCGGCUCCAUUUGGGUAUGCAGCCUUAUUUGCAUGACGCCCAUAGCGAUAUUUAGCCAAUUGAUGCCGACCAGCCAGGGUCUACGUAAAUGCCGCGAACAAUGGCCCGCCGACAGCGUGGCUUACGAGCGCUCCUACAACAUCUUCUUGGACCUGAUUUUAUUGGUGUUGCCACUGCUGAUACUCAGUUUCGCCUAUAUGCUAAUAACACGCACCCUCUAUGUGGGCAUGCAGAAUGAACGUGCCAUGAUUUUUGGCAGUGUCGCACCGAUUGUGGCAGGUGGCAGCGGUGCCGGUGGCGGCCUGUGUGGCAUUAGUGUUGGCGGCGGCGGCAGCGGCAGUGGUGGCAAAUUGUGCAGUGAGCUAGAAACUUUAACUACCGCGUUGGUACCAAAUCCUGCCGCAACUUUGACUACACCAGCAACAACAGCAAAGAAGCCGACGAGUCGAUUUCAAUUCAAUGUAUCGUUUCGCGUGCGUGGGCGCAGCGCUUGUAGCGGCAGUGUUGAUGAUUUGGGUGAACAGCAACAGCAACAGCAACAGCACAAUGCGAUGAAAAAAUCGAAAUCACAGUGCCGUCAAUUACAACAACAAUCAAUGCAGGAACAACAAAAACAAUACAGCGAAGCGAACCAACCAUGCUACGACGAUAUCGUUUCGACGCAGGCGAUUGCAACCACGGCUGUAUCGCAUAAGCGCAAGCUGCUGACGGCGACAGAUGGACGCCGUCAUUUGUAUUGCAUGCGUUCCGGCUCGAUAAAAUCACUCAAUCACAACAACAAUGAUCGCAACGGCGGCCUAGGCAGCAGCAGCAAGAGCACAUCGACGUCCUCAUCGAUGACGGUGAUUAAUGUGCCGCAGCAGCAACGUUUCAAGCUUUAUCAGCAGCGCCACCAAAGCCAACAGCAGCUACAUCAGCACCAACAGCAACAGCAACAGCAGCUGCAAAUGUAUAUACAGCAGCAGGAUAUCGAGCGAAGUAAAUCAACGUCAACACCGAGUCUGCGGUUACACGAUACCGCAUUAAGGAGAUCUAACAAAACGAAGAGUCUGGAGAGUAAGAAGCGUGUCAUCAAAAUGCUCUUCGUGCUGGUGUUGGAGUUCUUCAUCUGCUGGACACCGCUAUACAUCAUCAACACAGUGGCGAUGUUCAUCGGCCCGGUGAUUUACGAAUAUGUGGGCUAUCGAUGGAUACCGUUCCUGCAAUUGCUCGCCUACUCAAGCAGCUGUUGUAAUCCAAUUACGUACUGCUUCAUGAAUGCGGGUUUUCGGCGCGCCUUCCUCGACACCUUCAAAGGCAUCCAGCUGAGCGGUGUCUUAUUUCGACGCAAAAACUCAUCCAACAACUCGGUGGCGGGAAACUCGAUUAUAAUGGCCAACAGCGGCACCAUAAUGACCACAAACACGGUGCUCGACAGUCCGCGGCUCUGAGGGCAAAAGCGGCGCCGUCCAGGCCCGAAUUCCAAAUGGCAACGACAGAUGUCUGAUUCGGUGUAGGCGGCCUGAUUGCCUACGUGGUUGUGUGUUUCAGUGUUUUUAAGUGUAUAUGUGUGUUUUAUGUGUAAGUGUGUGGGUGUGUGAUUGUGUGGAUGUGUGCUUGUAUGUGGGCGUUUGUGAAACUUAUCGCAACAGAUUUUAAUGUUAUUAUCCAUAAUUGAUAUUCGCAUGUAUGUAUGUAAGCAGCACAUAGUCCUAAAUUUGGCUAACAACUUAGCAUAAGCUGUUAUCUUAAAUUAAAUACUGUUAUUCAUCCAUUCAAAUGUCGGUUGUAAAUAUCAGCUAAAAUUAAUGAGAAUUCAUUGAAAAAUUUGUUAAGAAUCUAAAUUAUCAUAAAUUCAAUUAAAACUCGUUUGAGCGAUUUAAUAUUGCUGUGUGGCUCGGCAAGUGUUAAUUGAAACUGAAAAUUCAAUUAACCCGAACAUAAUGCGUUGCAUAUACUUUGCAUGUGUGUGUGCCGCUAAUAAACACAUACCAAAAUUGUGAUUUUCAAGGAUGUGGCAGUCAGAGUUUCGGCGAACUAGGUUUCACAUUUUGGCUUUUAUAUCAAUCCUAAUACGAUUAGAGUGUACUAUAACCAAUAACCAACAAUAAAUAUGACUAAUUGUCGAAUGAUAAACAAAAAUUUACAGUUUAGCCAAAUAUUCCUAUGUAUUUGUAAGCCAUGUAAAUAUAUAUGUACAUUUUAAAAUUGUAUCUAUAUUUGUAUGUACAGUUGUUAAUUCAUCCGAUUGUCCAUGUUACUUAAAAUACAUAUAAACAUGUACAUGAGAUUCGAAAU